AUGGGUGCUAAAAUUGAUAAUAAGAGACAGGGAUAUGUUGAAGCUAUAAGAGAAAAUGAAAAAUUUGUCACUUAUUAUAAGGCACAAAACAUUAUUCCCGAUGAAGAUGAAUGGAAUAAAUUUAUGGAAUUUAAUAAAUCAAACCUUCCUACAUGUUUCAGAAUUACUGGGUUUAGAAGUCACUCAUUUGAAUUAAGAGAUUUAAUGAAAACCAAAUAUUUUCCAAAAAUAAAUGAAAUUCAAUUUGGUGAUGAUCAAAAAUCAGAAGCUCCAAAGCCUUUGCCUUGGUAUCCUGACGAACUUGCUUGGCAACAUUUAGCUCCAAGAAAUACAAUUAAAAAAGAUCCUGCUUUCCAAUACUUUCAUAAAUGGUUAGUGGCUGAAACUGAUGCGGGUAAUAUUAGUAGACAAGAAGCUGUUAGCAUGAUUCCAACAUUAUUAUUAGAUGUUAAACCACAUCAUUGGGUAUUUGACAUGUGUGCUGCUCCUGGAUCCAAAACUUCUCAAAUUAUUGAAGCAAUUCAUGCAAAUGAUUCACAGGAAAUCAAGAUUCCAUCUGGUAUUGUGAUUGCUAAUGAUGCUGAUUCAAGAAGAAGUUAUAUGCUUAUUCAUCAAACAAAAAGAUUAAGAAGCCCAUGUUUGGUGGUAACAAAUCAUGAUGCAGCACAAUUUCCUAAUAAAGCAAUUCAAUUUGAUCGAAUAUUGGCUGAUGUGCCUUGCAGUGGUGAUGGAACUUUAAGAAAAAAUUUUUUGAUAUGGAAUAAAUGGAAUGUUGGAAAUCCUAUAGGUUUACACUCUAUGCAAGUAAAAAUUUUACUUCGUGGAGCUCAAUUACUCAAAGAAAAUGGGCGUAUUGUUUAUUCAACAUGCACUUUUAAUCCAUUAGAAAAUGAGGCAGUUAUAGUAGAAGUUUUAAAAAGAUGUAGAGGAAAUUUAGAAUUAGUAGAUGUAUCUGAUCAAUUACCACAAUUGAUUAGGACACCUGGUGUUAAAACAUGGAAGGUGAUGGAUCGAGAUGGUAACUGGGUGGAUAAAAUACAAGAUAUUGAUAAAAAUUGUCAAAAAAAUUAUCCUAAAUCACUUUGGCCACCCAAAGAUAUUGAUGAAUUUCAUUUGGAAAGAUGCAUACGAGUUUAUCCACAUUUUCAAAAUACAGGUGGAUUUUUUAUAGCUGUACUUCAAAAAAUUGGACCUAUAACAGAUGACAAAUGUGAUUUGUUACUGCCAUCUAAAAGAUCUAGUAUUGAAGAAAGCAAUAUUGAAGAGUCAUCUAAACGUACAAAAGUUGAAAAAAAUAAGGCAAAGUCAAACAAUAAUAUCAAGAAGAAAGAAAUAAAAGUUGAAAAAGAUGACUCUUCAAGUAAAAAUUCUUUAAGCGGAGAAGAACCAUUUAUACUUUUAUCUCCUGACAAUGAAGAAAUACCAAUAAUAAAAAAUUUUUAUGGGUUAUCAGAUGAAUUUCCUGUAGAUCAAAUACUUGUUCGUUCAGAAACUGAAAAGAAUAAAACAUUGUAUUUAGUCUCAAGUGCUGUAAAGACCCUAUUACAAGCAAUUAAUACACAAAAACUUAGAAUAGUAAAUACCGGAGUAAAGUUAUUUACAAGACAUGAUACAUAUGAUGUAGUAAGAUGUAAUUUUAGGUGCAAUGCUGAAGGGAUUUCCACAAUAUUUCCUUUCCUAUCUUCAAAGAGAGUCAUUAAUCUUGGAUUAAAAGAAUUGGAGAUUUUAUUAUCUGAACCAAAUCCAUUAUUUAGUAAAUUUGAUGAGGAUGUUAAUGAAAGAAUAAAAGAACUAGAUUCUGGAUGUAUAAUAGCCUAUUUUGACCCUACAAAAGAAAAAGAUACAAUAACAAAAAUUCCAAUAAUGUUACCUGUUUGGAAAGCACCAAAAUCUUUAAAUUUAUUAUAUAGGAAGGAGGAACGAAGGGCAUUGGAAUUACGAUUUCAGCAUUAUUUCAAACAAUCAGAAUGA